CUUGCCUUGUCUUGGGCCUGAUAACUGCUACCUUUAUGUGUGUAAGCUAGGCAUGACACAAAGUAAUUGUAUACAUCGUCUAUUUUGUGCUUCUGCAUAAGCUCCAUUUAACAGAUAAAACUAAAGCUUUCAGAGGUUAAAUAAAUGGUCCAAGUCACACAGCCAGUGAGUAGUAAACUCUGGACUGGAACACAGAUCUAUGGAACCCUAGCACCAAACCCUCAUGCUCUGCACCCCACCCCCAGGAAUCCACAACAUUAAUUUAUUCAUUUGACACAUAGUUUUGAGAUCACCUUAUGUGCCACCUUGGGCUCGGAAUGAAAUGAUAUCAUUCAUUCAUUCAUUCAUUCAUACACACAUUGAACAAGUAUUUACUGAGACUGUGCUGGGCUCUCAUGGGGAUGGGCAGUAGAGGCAGUGGUCAAGCAAACGAACACAAGCUCAUCUGUAAGCGGCCACUCAUAAGAGAACUCAUAAGAGAAUUCUCUCAUAAGUGAAUUCAUGGAGGGUUAUUUUCUACAUUUAAUGGCACACAGUUAAAGCUUCUGAAAUUUACUGUACAGUUUUAAGGGAACUGAAAGAAAAGGUAGACGUUUGUAGGAAAAUGGAUGCACCUUGAAACCAUAAUAUUAAGUGAUAUAAAUCAGACAAGCUUAAAUAGUGCAUGGUUUGUCUUACAUGAAAACCCCAAAGUAUAAAUAAUCUAAAGAGCAAAAUAGAAGACAGAUAAUAGAAAAGAGGGAGCAAGAUCUUUUACAAAUGGAGGAGUGAAAGAGGGAGAGAGAGGUGGAAAGACUUAAGAACAUGAUCUUUAUCACCAAACAACAUAUACUUACAUUAUUUUGUUUACAUUAUCUCUUUUUCCUUAGAAUGUAAACUGUGUAGGAAGAAAAAUUCUUCUGUUCACUGCUAUUUCCCCACAGCUUAGAAAAGUUUCUAGCAGACUAGGUACUUAAUAAACAUCCUGAAUAAUAAAUAUGCUGAGAAUCUUAGUUCUCCAACUGUCUCUGUUCUAUGUCAAAUAGCAUGAAGACUGACUCUUCUCUCAGUCCUCAUACUUUUUCAUCUAUGAGUUUUUUAUCUGCAAAAUGGGUGUAACAGCACUUCCCUCCCCACAGUGUACUGUGAUAAAUGAGAUCGUGCAUAUGAGGCAUCUGAUGAAUAUCUUGGCAUGUCAAAAAUCCCCAAGAAAUGGAAACUGUUCUUUAUCACUGUGAUAUUGCUAUUACUUGGCAGUGACCCAGGUUUCUUUGGCCACCAGCCUGAAGAACAAGCAGAGGCUUGAGGACAGGAAUCAUUCUGCUCCUGUGGUGUGGAGCUUGCAUGUAUAUGGGUAAGUGUUGGUGAAAGUCAGAUACAGGUACUCUGUACCAACAAGCAGAAAAAUCGAGGAGCAACUCCAUGAUAGUAAUUCAAGGACCACAUGAUAUUUGCUGAUGAAAUGUUACUUUCAGUCUUCUUAAAAUCUUAAGGCUGUCUUAAAGGGAAUGUGGAGGAAGGUCUGAAUUCUGACCUAACAAAGUAUUUCCUAAGCAAAGUUGGGGGUGGGGACGCCACCUACUCUGCCCUCUGAGAACCCUGAUUUGCCUCAGUGCUGGAACCAUGACACACACAAUAAGUGACUUACAGAUCUAUCAGCCAUGGCUCUGGGAUCAAGUCCAAGAUUCGGUAUUCAGGCUGAGACCUUAUUGCAGCCUUUUGUGAAUAUAGGCAGAUACUGGCAUUAAAAAAAACCAAACAUAUACAACAAACCAAUUUUACAAACCAACAUAUGCUGUAUUUCUAGAGUUCUGGACUCAUCUUCAUGAUUCAAAUGAGGAAAACAGUGAUUAGAUACUUGGAAAUACAAUGAAGCUUCUCAGGAACAUUUAUAUAUUUUGUAAUAUUAUGUCAGUACAAGGUUGGGCUCCAAAGCUUCCAGAAGAAAAGGAAUCGACCACCAACUGCUCCAACAUGUCUCUAAGAAAGGUUCCCCUAGACUUGGCCUCAGCCAUGACCACACUGGAUUUAUCCUACAACCUCUUAUUUCAAAUCCAGAGUUCAGAUUUUCAUUCUAUCUUCAAACUGAGAGCUUUAAUUAUGUGCCAUAACAGAAUCCAACAUCUGGAUAUCAAGAUCUUUGAAUUCAACAAAGAGUUAAGAUAUUUAGAUUUGUCUUACAAUACAUUGAAGAUGGUAACUUGGUACUCACUGGCAGCUGUCAGACAUUUAGAUCUUUUCUUUAAUGACUUCAAAACUGUGCCUAUUUGUGAGGAGAUUGGUAACAUGACAAAACUGGAAACCCUAGGUUUGUGUGGAGCAAAAAUACAAAAAUCCGAUUUCCAGAAAAUUGCUCAUUUGCCUCUCAGUGCUGUCUUCUUUGGGCUGAGAAGUCUUUCUCACUAUGAGGAAGGUAGCCUGCCUCUCUUAAACACAACAAAACUUCAUAUCAUUUUACCAAUGAACAUACAUUUCUGGGUUCUUUUGUGUGAUGGACUCAAGACUUCCAGAGUAUUACAAAUGACAAAUAUAGAUGGCAAAAGCCAGUUUUUAAAUUAUGACACUGAAUGUAAUCUUGUGUUGGAGAAUGCCAAGACGUCUACUCUGUUAUUUAAUAAAGUUGACUUACUCUAGGAUGAGCUUCUCCUCAUCUUCCAGUUUGUUUGGGGUACAUCAGUGGAACACUUCCAGAUCCAGGAUAUGACUUUUGGAGGUCAGAGUUACCUCGACCACAAUUCCUUUGACUAUUCAGAUACAGUAAUGAGAACUGUAAGUCUGAAGCAUGUACGUUUCAGAGUUUUUUCUGUUCCACGUAGAAUCUACUUACUGUUUACAAAAAUGGAUAUAGAAAACCUGACGAUAUCAGAUGCAAAAAUGCAGCAUAUGCUUUUUCCUAAUGCUCCUAAAAGUUUCUGGUAUUUAAAUUUUGCCAAUAAUAACUUAAUGGAUGAAAUAUUUAAAAAUCCUAUCCAGUUGCCUUACUUGGACACUCUGAUUCUGAAGGCCAAUAAACUGGAGACGCUUUCCUUAGUGAGCUGUUUUGCUAACCACACAGCCUUGAUGUACUUGGAUCUAAGCCAAAAUCUAAUGCAGCAAAUAAAUGAUGAAAAUUGUUUGUGGCCAGAAACUUUGAUCAGUAUGAACUUGUCAUCCAAUAAAUUUGCUGAUUCUGUUUUCAGGUGCUUGCCCAGAGGUAUUCAAAUUCUUGACCUGAGCUAUAACAAAAUUCAAAGUGUCCCUAAGGAGAUUAUUCAUCUGAAGUCUUUACGAGAGCUAAAUAUUGUGUUUAAUUUUCUAAAUGAUCUCCCCGGGUGCAGUCAUUUCAGAAGACUCUCGGUUCUGACCAUUGAAAUGAACAUAAUUCUCAGCCCAUCUCGGUUUUUUCAGAGCUUCCAGGAAGUUAAGACUCUAAAUGCAGGAAGAAAUCCAUUCCAGUGUACUUGUGAAUUAAGAGAUUUCAUCCAGCUUGCAAAGCAUUCAAAGGGCAUGAUGGUUGGAUGGCCAGGUCCAUACAACUGUGAAUACCCUUUGAAUCUGUAGGGGACUCUAUUAAAAGAUGUUUAUCUCUCUGAGCUGUCUUGCAAUACAGCUCUGUUGAUUGUCACCAUUGUUGUCCUCUUGCUGAUUCUGGUGAUGCCAGAGGCUAUCUGUUUCCUCCGCUGUGAUGCUCUCUGGUAUCUCAGGAUGCUGGGUCGGUGGAUGCAGACAUGGCACCAGGUUAGAAAGGCAGCACAAGAACAGUGGAGGAGAAAUGUUCAAUUCCAUGCAUUUAUUUCUUACAGUGAACAUGAUUCUCUCUGGGUGAAGAGUGAAUUGAUCCCCAAUCUAGAGAAAGAAGAUGGUUCUGCCCUAAUUUGUCUUUGUGAGAGAAACUUUGACCCUGGCAAGAGCAUUAGAAAUAUCAUUAGCUGCAUGGAGAAGAGCAAUAAGUCCAUCUUUGUUUUGUCUCCCAGUUUUGUCCAGAGUGAGUGGUGCCAUUAUGAACUCUACUGCCAUGAAAAUUGUGAUCACAGCAUUCUUCUCUUGCUGGAGCCCAUCCCGCUGUACUGCAUCCCUACCCGCUUUCCUAGGCUGAAAGCUCUCAUAGAAAAGAAAGCAUACUUGGAAUGGCCCAAGGAUAGGCAUAAAUAUGGGCUUUUUUGGGCAAACCUUCACACAGCUAUUAGCACUAAUUUAGUAGACAGCAGAGAAAUGCGUGAACUACAGACAUUCACAGAACUGAGUGAAGAGUCCCGAGGUUCGCUAAUAAGGACAGACUGUGUAUAAAGUACCAACCCCCAGGGCCACUGGGGACCACAUACAUUGUUGGGAUAUAAGUGAAUACAGCCUUAAUGAUGGCAAUUUGGCAAUAUCUAUUAAAACAAA